AUGCAAAGUUGUAUAUUGAGGUAUUUCUCAGCACUAGAGAUUUGUUGUUUUCGAGAUGCGAAAAAAAAUUCGCCAGGUGCUAUCAAGGAUGCAAACAUUCAGAACAAUUUGCUGUCCUCUAAGCUAGUUGAUGGUCCUGUAAAAUCAUCUUUCAGACAGAAUAGUUCUAAUCAGAAGCAAGAUCACAGAGGAAGUGAUUAUAUAUCAUUAUCUGGUCAUAGAGCUGGUGAAGCUGCUGUUUUUUGUGCGCAUGGUGCAAAUAUUGAAGCACUCAUGCCCAAACUUGGACAUUCUGACUACUAUACUGAACCAAAGAUACAAGAACUAGCAGCAAAAGAACGUGCUGAACCAGGUUAUUGCCAACGGGCGAAGGACUUUGUUGUUGGAAGGAAAGGCUACGAUUCUAUUAAGUUUUUUGGAGAAAGUGAUGUUAGGCAGCUGGAUUUAGAUAGUAUAAUUCAAUUUAACGAGUGUAAGAUUUCUGUGUAUGAAAAGCAUGAAAGUAAAAUACCACCAGUCGGACAGGGCCUUAAUAAACCGGCAGAGAUAACCCUGUUAAAUGUUAAGUGUGUUGACAAGAAGACAGGUCAACAUUGUACAGAGGUUGUGGUAGUAGACGAAUUUGAGAGAAAGUUGAAAAGGAUAACUGAAAAGAAAGGGGCAGAAUUUAUGUCAUACAAUGCUAUUAAAGAAGAAUUUAAAUUCCGUGUCAAACAUUUCAUACCAACUCCAGGACAGGGCCUUAGUAAAUCGGCAGAGAUGACCUUGUUAAAUGUUGAAAGUGUUGAUCAGCAUUGUACGAAGGGUGUGGAAGUGGACAAAUCUAAGAAACGGCUGAAAAGAAAAACUGAAGACUUCUUGGGGGAAGAAUUUAUGUCAGACAAUGCUAUUGAAGCAGAAUGUAAAUCCCGUGUGAAACAUUUCAUACCAACUCCAGGACAGGGCCUUAGUAAACCGGCAGACAUGACCUUGUUAAAUGUUAAAAGUGUUGAUCAGCAUUGUAUGAAGGGUGUGGAAGUGGAAAAAUAUGAGAAAAGGCUGAAAAGAAAAACGGAAGACCUCGGGGAAGAAUUUAUGUCAGAUAAUGCUAUUGAAGCAGAACGUAAAUCCCGUCUGAAACGUUGUAGUCAGCAAGGUCUUGAUGAAUCUGGGUUCUGGAAGAUGUGGAGAAAUUUGAGAGAAUUCUCAAUGGAAUAUCUCAAGAGCAAUGUAUGCAAUUGAUGUUAUACACUGUGUGGUGAAGUAAAAUGAUGAACUUUCUGUGGAGAAAACUGUAUGAACAGUCUCAGCUAUUGAGGAUCACAAGGAUAUGAAGCAAGGAUCAAACUGUUUAGUUUCUGGCAGCUCAACCCUUUAAAUGUAGUUUUAUGCUGUGUUAAAUGUUUAUUGCUAUAUUCAAACAUUUUGGGUUACCAUUAUGACCAUCCUUUGAUUUAUUCUGUCAAAAACAUUUUUAUGCCUUUCCUAUAUGCUUCCACAUUUUGUAAUCAUGUCUACUAGGGCAAAUGUAUUGUAAGGUUUCAUAAUAUUUUGAUGGAUGUCCAUACACGAUCCCAAAUAUUACAAUUGUUAUAGGUUGCAUGGAUAAUGGCAAAGGGUGAGUGUUUGGCUUUCACCUCUUGAUUUCAUUUCCUAGAAUCCUUUUACAGCCUUUUCAA